CGAAACAUGUUAAGUAAAAAAAUUGGAGUAAGCAAAAUGUAUACAAACCAAGUAGGCACACAAUCACAACAUUUCUCAAUUGUCAAAUUGUCAUAGUUCCAAAAUUUUCUCCUACCUUUUCUCUUCUCAAUUACCCCUCUCUUUUGGAGUGCAACUUUUACAGAAAAACACUCGAAAGUGCAGAAAAUCGGUGCGCAACAUUCACACAACAAUGGCGAUGACAAUGGACUCUGAAGAAUUCGCAAUCGGAUGUGUACUCUCAAUCAAAACUACACUAGGCGACGAAUUCGAAGCCCAAGUCAUCACCUUUGAUCGAGCUUCCAACGUCCUCGUUCUUCAAGAGGGUUCAAAAUCUGGACCUCGAAAAAAUUUGAGGUUGUUGAAGGCUAAUUAUAUUAAAGAAUUUACAUUUUUGCGCCAAGCUGAAGAUCCCCUUGAUCUUAAAAAUUGUUAUCUCGAUCUUUCUUCUCUUCAAGCUAGAGAGGAAUCUGCUAUUAGGCAAGCGGAGAUUGAAGCGGAGAGGAUUGGAGUGGGAGUGACGGCUGAAGCUCAGAACAUUUUUGAUGCUUUGUCGAAAACGCUUCCUGUGCGCUGGGAUAAGACUGUUAUAGUUGUGAUGGAUCAAGUACGAGUUAGUCAUCCAUAUUUUCCCGAAUCUGUUUCUGGAGGUACUCCGGUAGCAAAUGAGCGUGUCAAGAAAGUGCUUGAACUUGAAAGGAAGAGGCUGCAUGCUCGUGGGUCAUCUUCAUAAUCUUCUCACCUUGCUGAUAUGUGUAUCUGCUGUGGGAAGAGCACCAAGGUAUGCAUUAGGAGGGUUUUUGUCAUCAUACCAGAAUCUCUCUAUGAUUGUGUUGCCUUGGUCCAGACACUGCCGAAGCACAUAUGAAUGAAGAAAGAUGACUUUUCACGCAUUGUUUCUUGUAGCUGAUGUCAAAGAGGGCUGGCGUCAAUCGAAGAUCUUAAAUGUCAUUACAGUAGAUCUAAAAAUGGCAUGGAAAAUGUUUUGCUUAGUGUCACAUAUCUCCUGUUUUUCCUUCUCUUUUGUCAGGCUAUGAGGGUAUUUACAGGACUGAGAUUAACAUCUCAGAUAUCAUACUGUUGGAAAAUAGAAUAUUUGUUCAGUGAAUCGAACUUGCAUUAAUCGAUUAUGAUGUAUUGUGUGGGAGUAUAGAGCUGAGGUUGCAGGGAAAGAACAAGACCGUUUUAUACAUGACUUGAUGAGAAAUUUGCAUUCA